UAUGUUGUAGCAGCAGCACUGAACCUUGAAAUACUACCGACCAUAUCUAUAAAUCUUGAAUUCUUCAGAUGGCAUCAUCCAGAGACGUUCCAAUGGCCCAGGACACGCUGCCUUCCCCAGACGCUGAACCCAAGUACGGUGGCUUCACGCGGUUCGAAAUCGAGCUUGAAUUCGUACAAUCUCUCGCCAAUCCUUUCUACCUCAACCAUCUUGCGUCACAGAAGCUUCUCAAUGAUCCCGCAUUCGUCGCGUAUCUGUCAUACCUCCGGUACUGGAGCCGGCCUCCCUACAUCAAGUACCUGAAUUACCCUGGCCCUACACUUAAACAUCUCGAGUUGUUACAGGAAGAACGCUUCCGACAGGAUAUCAUAAGCCCUGACCUGGCUCAGGCCCUCGCAGCUGAGGGUGUUAAGGCUUCAGUAGAGUGGCACAAAGACGAGUGAAGCAUAUACCCAACCAAGAUAACCACAUAUUACCGACGGAAUAAAACGAGCAAAGCCCUCACUAUAAGGCACCACAUACUAUGAUGGAAACCUCCCAGGGUAAGUUUUGUCGGUCGGGUCACGGAAAACACAAAUCUACAACGACUCUUUGGCCAAUAUAGUAUAGUGGCCGCGGCACAUCAAAAAUCACGAUGGUGAUUUCGAAAGUGAGAAGAAAAGAAGACCAUGGGUAUGACUAUUAUUAGCAACCGUCUAAACGUGAACCAAAUCGCUGGAAAACCAAUGCACGCUCCCCUUUAUCGACACGGCUUAUAUGGUUGUUUGACCUGUCAGCCAUAUGCAAAAUAACACCAGCGCCAAGAAU